GCUGCGGAAUGGGCGCGCAAGAUGGGCUGUGAUAGGUGACAGGAGGACGUUUUAGAAAAUGUCCGAGAGCGAAGAGGAUAUUUGGGGAUACAAAUCCAUCAGGAAGAAAAAAAGCGCAGACAGGAGUUUUGAGAAAACAGAAUCCAAUGAGAGAACACCAAAGGCGGCAGUAAAAACGAAGAGAAAAGCUGCUAAGAAAACGUCGGGGGCUGGGAAGAAGACUACAGGCGCCAGGAACACUCAACCGCCCGGCGAGAAUGGCAACGUUACCAGCCCGACGAAGGGACAAAAUAAUUCAUCGUCCGGUACUGGCUGCGAGGACCUGUCUACACCAAAGAGGACUGACCGUAAGAAAUCGGCAAGCCCUUCAACACCUAAAGCCAAGCACAGCGGAUAUUGCCCCAGCUGUCAGAUGCCGUUCUCCGUUUUGCUGGUGCAAACGCCUCGAUGGCAUGUGAGCGAAUGUUUGGACACCCCAUCGUCCGCACAGACAGAAUGCCCCGAUGGCCUCAGCUGCUCGUCCACCAUUGCCUCCCACUACAAACGAUACGUUCAUUACCUGCUGGCCCAGAGCAGGGCUUCUGCACUCUCCCCUUUCCCUCCACUCUUCACCCCGGAUCUGCCUGCUCCCGACACUACCAAAUCGCAUGCCAAAUCUAACGGAAGGAACGACACAAGACGCUCACAUUCCCAAGUCCUAGGCGGUUCCCCCGCUUUCCCUAAAAAGACCACGAACGUUAAAUCCUCCCAGUCGCGGUCCCCUGCCGGCUCUCAGGGAUCGGUGAAGCAGACCUCAAUGGAUGCCUGGCUCUCCUCACCAACCAAGAUGUCUCGGGUCUCCCUAGACCUCUCCCAGGAAAUCCCCAGGCAAGAGUCUGCGCGUUGUGUCAACGCGGCUACAUUGCUGGGGUUGUCGCAGAUGGCCGAGGAUUUAAAUGGCCGCGCCAUCUCUUACUCCCCGCUGGUCAGUGACCAGGAGCUGUUUAGUGACGAUGAAGGCCAGGAGGCGGGCCCAGAUAAAAAACUGUUCUCUGACAAAUUAUCAGCAGAGGACAUAGAGGAACAGUUUCCUGCUUAUGAACACUUUAUAACACAACGCAGAAUCGAAUCUCCCACUAAGCGCAAUGGAAAUAAUGAAAGUGCAAUACAGAAUGAAUGUGUGCAGAGCAAUGGAGGCUCGUGUGUUGCUGAUUGCAGCAUUGAAGGCAAUAAUUGGUCUGAAUGCAGCACACCUGUCUCAGAGAUAAGUGAACGGGCCACAGCCCAGGUAGAAGCUGAUGAGUUGCUUGUCUCUUCUAAUGGCAAUAGAGAAUCGGCUCUUCUGACGGUCCCUGUAGCUGCAGUGAAAGUAGAGAAGGAGUUUUGUACGAGCACCCAGAGAUCCUCACAACAGUUCACCGCUAGCGGGACACACGCAAAGCAAAGCCUAAGCCAACUCUCUUCCGUUAUGCCAUCAGGCAGUGCUGCGCCCUCCAAGGAGAUGAAACAAAUGGACAUUGGAGUUUUCUUCGGCCUGAAACCGAAGAAGAAUGUGGGCACGCUGGGGGACGUACGUUAUCUAGAUGAUAACGCUGGUGGGGUUCCAUCAACGGCGCCAUCAGGAACCCAGAGAAGGAAGAGGAAGGCUGUAGGCUCGCUGAGUGAUGCAGAUUCUCUGCUUAAUAACACUGGUGAGGUUUCAGCAACGGCGCCGACGGGGACCCAGAGAAGAGAGUGGAAGAGAUUCAGACAGAACUCUACCGCAGAGGAGAAGAAAGGGAGGAAACAAUGUCCUUUCUACAAGAAAAUCCCAGGCACGGGUUUUGCGGUUGAUGCUUUCCAGUACGGCGCAAUAGAAGGGUGCUCCGCGUACUUCCUCACCCACUUUCACUCGGAUCACUAUGGAGGUCUCACCAAGAAAUUCCGUAAUCCCAUCUAUUGCAGCAAGAUCACGGGUAAUCUAGUGGCAAGUAAGCUGCGGGUGGAGAAGGAGUUCAUAAAGACCUUACCCAUGGACACGGAGUGCAUAGUGGACAAUGUCAAAGUUAUCCUGCUAGAUGCCAACCACUGCCCCGGAGCUGUGCUGCUGCUUUUCAUUCUCCCGAAUGGGACCAACGUAUUGCACACCGGAGACUUCCGCGCAGACACUUCCAUGGAACGUUACCCGGCUCUGAUUGGACGGAAGAUCCACACUCUCUAUCUGGAUACAACGUAA